AUGUCUACUACUAAAGGGGUUUCGUCUAGGGCUAAGGAUGUAGUUAGGGAUUCGAAAUCACCAGCUUUAUUGGGUUUAGGGAAAACGGAAUCGGGUUUGAGCUUAGAGCAAGGGGAAUCGGUAAUUUCCUCUAAGGAGGUUCCUUCGAUUAGUGUUAACAGAUUGAUGAUGGGGAGUGAAGGAAGUCUUAGCCCUAGUUCAAGAAGUCUCUUGAAAUUAGAUGAAAUUGUUCUAACUGAUGGUUUCUCCUUUGUAGCUCAUAUUCUUCUGUAUCUGUACCCUUUUCUUAAUACGACAAGCAAAUCAAGGCCAUUUGAGUACUUGAGGCUGACUAGCUUAGGCGUCAUUGGUGCUUUGGUGAAGGUGCUUCAGUAUGCUGAUAUUAAUUUUUAUAGCUUAUGA